AUGCAUCCUUGGAAACCAGAAUAUAGUUUAGGCAUGUGGAGGUAAGUCGAAACCAUGUUUUGGUUUCGUAUAAUUCUCCGUAGAGCCCCCCCCUCCCCCCCCCCCAGAAUAAAAUGCAGGGCCUUAUACUGGAUAGAGACCUGCGGGAACAACUUUUUUUGGUUUUCGUUCCCGUGUUCCCGUUCUCAUAUUGAAAACUUUUGUUCCCGAUCCCGUAUUCCCGUUCCCGUAAUGCUUUGAGAAUAGCUACAAUGAUUUCCUUAUUCACAUUCAUCAACACUACUCUACUUGAUACUAGCUUUUAGCGACAUUAUGUUUCUCACAAUACAAGAUUGCGUAUAUUAACAGUAAAUUUCUGAUUGAAGGCUCAUAAACCUAUGGAAACUUGAAAAUUGAAAUUUCAGUUGAAACUUGUAGCUUGAAGUUUCAAUUGAAUUUAAGUUUCAAGCUCGACAUAUACACGUUGAUUACGUGAUUUUUAAUAGUUUUGUGUAGUUUGCUAUAUUUACGUAGAAUAGUGGAAGUUUCGUAUUUUAACACAUUUGGAUAGAGCAUCGACUACUCUAUCGAACCAUAUAAUUUACAUUUUAUUUUCUCUGGCUCUAGACCAAAAAAUUGGAAUAUCUCAAAGAGGUAUGAAAAAGUAUUUUUAAAGGUUGUUAACAUUAUUUUUAAUAGUUAUUUUGCUCAUAUAUAUAAACGGAAACAAAGUACAAUUAUGAACGACGUUUCAUAUGAGAGCCUUGAGCUAUCUGUAAAAAAGUUAGCAUAUAUCGACUUUUAGCGCUACCAGCAGAUUGCCAAAAAGAUAUAGGUUGAUCACAUUAUUUUUAAUAGUUUUGUGUAGCUUGCUGUAUUCAUAUAAAACAUGAAAAGUUUCUUAUUUUGAUACAGUUAGAUAGAGCAUUGGCUGCUCUAUCGAACCAUAUGGUUUACAUUUUAUCUCUUUUGGUUCUAGUCCAAACGAUUGAUAAAUCUCAAAAGCAGUCAAGAAAAAUUUUUUAAGGAAGCAAGUUUCAGAUGAUGGCUAGGAGUGGAUAAAUAGCCAUGUUUUGUAUCUUUUUGCAUGCUUUAUUGAAACAAAAGAUACCAGAAGAUGCAGCAUGAAAAGCUGUACAAUCCACAUAAGAACGCUUGUUUUAUACUUUUAGUUUAUGUUUUCAAAAUGGGCAAAAUUUUGAGCGUCCAAACUUCGACCGUCCGAAACUUCGUCCGACAGCAUCUUUUUCUUUUAAUUUCUUUUCAACAAUUUCAAUAAGCUUUGCUAUCUAAAUUGUAGAGCUUUUCAUGCUGCAUCUUUUGGUAUGUAUUGCUUUUUUUUACGAAGAUAUAUUAGGUGAUAAAAAUAUGAAAUUAAAUAAACGAAUAUUUGUUCAUGUAAAAAAGCAUGAUUUUUUUUGCGAUGGCGAAAGUUGGUCGCACCAGAUUUUGAUUUACUGAACAGAAAAGAUGUACAAUUAAAAUAAGAUUUACCAUGUAGAUUGUAGAGCUUUUCAUGCUGCAUCUUCUGGUAUAUUUUGUUUUUAAUAAAACAUGCAAAAAGAUACAAGACAUGGCUAUUUAUCCACUCCUAGCCAUCAUCUGAAACUUGCUUCCUUAAAACAUUUUGUGGAACUCACGUAUAUUUUCGAAGAAAAUAGUGAGUGUAAGUUUUAAGUUCGAGGUUUUGCGGCUCCCCCCCGCCCCC